AUGGAAAAGUGUGACAAUUGUGCAACAGAUGUGAAUAUAGUGACCUUCAUAAUGUGCUUGUACCAGAAGGCCAUUGUUAAAGAGAAGAAAUCUUUGAUUGAGAGGAAUGAAGAGUGCCCUGAUACUCUGAUUAUGCUGCAACACCCUCCUGUGUAUACUUUGGGCACCGGUAGCUCCGAGGAGUUCUUGAAUUUUAAUGUGAAAGAUCCCCCUUAUGAUGUUAUUAGAAUUGAAUGCGGUGGUGAAGUUACCUAUCAUGGACCUGGACAGUUGGUUAUGUACCGUAUCAUCAACCUUCGUAAUCACAACAUGGAUCUUCAUUGGUACCUGAGGGCUCUUGAGGAGGUGGUGAUUCGUGUUCUUUUCUCAACUUUUUCUAUUGAGGCUUCUCGAAUCCAGGGCUUUACUGGUGUUUGGGGUGCAUCCAGUAUAUUUGAGCAUUAUAUGUAUCUAUGCCUGCACGGUGUGCUUGAUGGUGUUGGUUAA